CAGUAUUUAUUGUGAAAUAUAGCAGUAAUCAUAAUACAUUAUUUGAAGUAUUUAGAGAGAGAACUAUUAUUAUUAUUAUUAUUAUUAACUUCAAACAAAUUUUGAUUUUUGUUUUGUUUUUGUUUUUUUAAAUCAAAGCUGUAUUGCGUUGUUAUAUAAUAAUGAUAAUAAUAAUAACUCCCAAAGUGAUUCCACAUUAUUUGAUGACGUCACGUGGAGUGUUUCGGCACAGAUGUUCAUUUUUCCCCCAGCGUCCCUGAAGGAGGCAACAAAUCCCAGCAUCCCGUGAGUCCCUGAACGCAGCAGCAAGUAAAGUUGGUAGUGUUGCAACUUUAGUGCACCAUCUUUGUUUUCAUCACUCUUUGUUUUGUCUUCUUCCUCCUCGCCUACUUCCAGUGUGCCGAGGAUGCAAAGUGAGGCAACAACGAUGACGUCUCUUCGGUAAUUUCCGCUAUUUCGCAGGCCAGGCGGUGAACUUGUUGCUGCCAUGCGUCACUAGCUCACUGGCUAGCUCACUGGCUAGCGCGCCGUCGACCUGCUCUUCAGUAACUUGGCCGGCAACAAGUCCUACAAUGUGCAGAAAGUCGCGUCGCUUCACUCCGGAGGGGGAACUCUUCUCCCGGACAACUUGCUGGAAAGUGUCCGCCCUGGCCGCGCUGCUGCUGGGCGUGUUGGCCUCGACGUGCUGGGCGGAGGAAGCCUCUUGUCAUGGAGCCUACGAUCUUUACUUCGUCCUGGACAAAUCAGGAAGUGUCGCCACCGACUGGGUGGAGAUCUACUCCUUCGUCAGGAACCUCACAGACAGAUUUGUCAGUCCCAGCAUGAGAGUGUCCUUCAUCGUCUUCUCCGCCCAAGCUCGUGUGAUCCUCCCGCUGACAGGAGACAGGUACCAGAUCGAGGAAGGCCUGGAGAAGCUGCGAGGCGUCAAGCCGGCCGGCGAGACGUACAUGCACGAGGGCAUCAAAGAGGCCACAGACCAGAUCCAGAAGCAGACCACCAAGUCGUCCAGCAUCAUCCUGGCGCUGACGGACGGCAAGCUGGAAGUGUUUGUUCACGAGCUCACCGUCAAGGAGGCUGACCAGGCCAGGAUGUACGGCGCUCGCGUCUACUGCGUGGGCAUCAAGGACUUUGACGAGCAGCAGCUCGCCGACAUCGCCGACACCAAGGACCAGGUGUUCCCCGUCAAAGAUGGCUUCCACGCGCUCAAAGGCAUCGUCAACUCGAUACUGAAGAGAUCGUGCACAGAGAUCCUGAGUGUGGAGCCCUCCAGCGUCUGUGUCAACCAGUCCUUCGACAUCGUCCUGCGAGGGAAUGGCUUCUCUCUGGGCCGCAGCAGUCACAAUGUGGUGUGCAGCUUCACUGUGGACCAGCAGACCUUCAAUCACAAGCCCAGCACGGUGCGUAAUGACUACCUACUGUGUCCUGCACCCAGACUCUACCAAGUGGGACAGACCAUGGGCGUCCUCAUCAGUCUGAACAAUGGCAAGUCCUUCAUCUCCAGCUCGUACACCAUCACCGCCUCCACCUGUUCCGACGGCCUGGCGGUGGCCCUGGUCUUCCUGGUGCUGCUGGCCCUGGUGGCCCUGGCCCUCGUGUGGUGGUUCUGGCCCCUGUGCUGCACUCUGGAGCCUGAGCCGCUGGCCAAGAAGAAAUGGCCGACUGUGGAUGCUUCUUACUACGGAGGAAGAGGAGCUGGAGGCAUCAAGCGCAUGGAGGUGCGCUGGGGAGAGAAAGGCUCCACAGAGGAAGGUGCCCGCCUGGAGAAAGCCAAGAACGCCGUCAUCUCUGUCCCGGAGGACGUGGAGGAGCCCAUGGUGAAGAGGCCAACCUCCAAGCCUGCCAACAACUACCACCCACCUGAGGACAAGUGGUACACGCCCAUCAAGGGGCGUCUUGAUGCUCUGUGGGCUCUGCUGCGACGCCAGUACGACCGAGUGUCCCUCAUGCGGCCCACCUCUGCUGACCAGGGUCGCUGCAUAAACUUCAGCCGUGGCUGACAGCCGAUGAGGACGCCGCCACGCCCGCCGCGCUCGCCGCCGCCGACCAGAGAAGACUUUCACACUUUUUGACAUUUCCUCUUUGCUCCGCCUCCUGGCUGACUUUUGCCUUUCAUUUUAACCACACAACACGCCGUCCCUGAACGCAUCGCACAUAUUGAAGAAGAAGGGAGAAAGAGUCCCGCCUCUCGGCGACGUCUCGUCAGCGAGCGACCGCGAGGACGGCGGCCCCGCCGGCGCCCCCUUCUUGACGUCCCGACGUGGUCACGCGUGCACGCGCAUGACGGGCAGGACGCCCCAAGGUCGCGGCCAGGAGACACCUUCCCGUCGUCAGGAAAUUAAUAGAGCGUUAUUCGGCCGCGGGUCAAGCGCUCGCCGCAGUCUGCUGUGCGCUCAGCAAUGCAUGAUGGGACUUUUCCUGCGACUUUAAUUAAGGGAAUUAAGCGCCGGCCUGUGAAGACACGCCCCCUCGCUCAAGUCCACAACGCAAACCCAAAGCAACGGAUGCGACGGACGGAGAAGUAUUGUUCAUUCCCGCAGGUCAAGCCCCGCCCCCUCGGCCUUCUUCCCGUCCCGCCUCGUGGGGGGGGGGGCAGAAGGAAAAGACUAGAACGAUCAAGUCACUUGAGAUGUGGGAGUGGACAGACACGAUUGGAGUGGAAACCUGCCAACCUUUGACAAGAAGCACUAUGGACAAUGACCGGUGGCGGGGUCACACUGGUCACGUGACACCUCGCUAAUUAAUAUUCCUUUGUUCACGCCCGGCCACGCCCCCUCGCUCUACCUUACUGUACUUUACUGUACACUUUAUUAGCAUUAUUAUUAUUAUCCAACCUGGUCACGUGACACCUCGCUAAUUCAUAUUCCUUUGUUCCUGCCUGGACACGCCCCCUCGCUCUACCUUACCCCACACUUUAUUAUUAUUAUUAUCCAACAUGGUCACGUGACACCUCGCUAAUUCAUAUUCCUUUGUUCCUGCCUGGACACGCCCCCUCACUGUACUUCACUGUACACUUUAUUAUUAUUAUUAUCCAACAUGGUCACGUGACACCUCAACUCCUCGCUAAUUACUAUUCCUUUGUUCACGCCCGGCCACGCCCCCUCGCUCUACCUUACUGUACUUUACUGUACUUUACUGUACUUUACCACAUAAUGGUUUUAUAAACAAUACACACUCUU